UUCCUUUUCAUUUCUUUUUCUCGUAGAAAUGCCACCCAAAAAGCCAACCGAGAAAUCCGCCAAGCCUGGCGACAAGAAGCCAGAGCAGAAGAAGACUGCUGCGGCUCCCGCUGCCGGCAAGAAGGAGGCUGCUCCCUCGGCUGCCAAGCCAGCUGCCGCUGCGCCCAAGAAGGCUGCUGCCCCAGCGGCUAAGAAGGCUGCUCCGGCCGCCAAGAAGCCAGCGACCGCCGGUGCUGCUGCCAAGAAGCCCGCGGCCGUAAAGACGACCGCGGCCGCCAAGGCCAAGAGCAAGGAUGCCAAGAAGAAGGUCCUCGCCGGCAAGAAGCCCCAGUCCGUGCUGGCCAAGCUCUCUGCCAAGGCUCGCGCGGCCGCCAAGGCCAAGAAGGGCGUGAAGCCCGUGACCAAGCCCGCCAAGGGAACCGCCAAGGCCAAGGCUGUGGCUCUGCUGAACGCCAAGAAGGUCCAGAAGAAGAUCAUCAAGGGCGCCUUCGGCACCCGUGCCCGCAAGAUCCGCACCAACGUGCACUUCCGUCGGCCAACCACCCUGAAGCUGCCCAGGAGUCCCAAGUACCCCAGGAAAUCGGUGCCCACCAGGAACCGCAUGGACGCGUACAACAUCAUCAAGUACCCACUGACCACCGAGGCGGCCAUGAAGAAGAUCGAGGACAACAACACCCUGGUCUUCCUCACACACCUGCGCGCCAACAAGAACCACGUGCGUGCCGCAGUGCGCAAGCUCUACGACAUCAAGGUGGCCAAGGUGAACGUGCUCAUCCGGCCCGAUGGCCAGAAGAAGGCCUAUGUGCGCCUGGCGCGCGACUACGACGCCCUGGACAUUGCCAACAAGAUCGGCAUCAUAUAAGCGCUGCAAUCUGCGGUAACGUGUGGAAUGGGCAUCGCGUUCUACAUUUUAUAUGUAGAUUCUUUUCUAUAAACAAAGUAAUGCUAAGCUGACACGGUAGAGCGAGGAUGAACGUUUCAAAGUUGUCUGGGUUUAAUAAAACCACUCAAAAACUAAGUGUGGGUUUUCAAUGUGGGCUCAAUGGGUUCUGAGUUUCUUUCAGUUUUCUCUUUCAGAUUGGAUACUUCAGGUUUUAGCGCUCUAAAUUGGCUGUCUUUAAAUGGGAAGCUUAACUUGCUAAACGAAGAGUUUUCAAUCUGGCUCGUAUCUGGAUCCUUGGAUAUGAAAUUCUUCAAGUUGCGCCAUUGUUUCCCGAUUCUCUGGACUAACUUCUUAUAAGAAGUGGCCCGAUUAAUGGAUUAAUGAGUUAAUUCUUAAAGUACAUUUAAUUGAAAUAUAUAUAGAAAUAAAACAGAAUCC